AUGACCCAACGACCUCAACAGCAUUCGUUCAAUCCGUACACUGAGAAUGGCGGCACCAUUCUCGCCAUUGCUGGUGCAGACUUCAGCGUCAUUGCUGGGGAUACCAGGCAGAGUGAGGGCUACAGCAUACAGACGCGGUAUGCACCGAAAGUUUUCAGAUUAACAGAUAAGGCUGUCUUGGCUGUUAAUGGCUUCGCAGCGGAUGGAAAUAUGUUUGUAAAAAAAGUCCGACAGCGUCUGGAAUGGUAUCGACACGCCCAUUCGAAAGAUAUGCCCAUCCGUGCCAUUGCGCGUCUGAUCCAGACAAUGCUCUACGCACGUCGAUUUUUCCCUUACUACGUGUACAAUAUCCUCGGCGGAAUCGAAGAGGAUGGUACCGGUGCUGUCUACUCUUUUGAUCCCGUUGGGUCAUAUGAGCGUGAAGCAUGCCGUGCAGCUGGUGCUGCCCAGUCACUCAUGCAACCUUUCCUGGACAAUCAGAUUUACUUCAAAAACCAAACGCCUGCUCCAGGAACCUCAUUCCCACAACAUCUACCGUUGAACACUGUGUUGUCGCUUGUGAUCGACUCCUUCACAGGUGCCACAGAACGGCACAUUGAGGUUGGCGAUAGCCUCGAGAUGUAUGUCGUCCUGGCAAGGGAAAGCCCGUCCAUCCAAGCCCUACAAAACAUAGUUGGGAUUCAAGAGAGGACCUCAACAGCGGAUGGCGAGCGUAUAUUUGUGAUACGAAGAGAUCUCAAGAAAGAUUGA